AUGUUACUUCUAGAUUAUCAGAACGUUCUUCUACAGUCGCUUCUCACCGAGCGGUUCUCCGGUGCACCCCCCGCCUCUAUCGAUCAGGUAGCUUCCGAUUUCGAUGGCGUUACCUUUCAUGUUUCUACACCAGAAUCUAAAACAAAGCUCCUCAUCUCCAUCGCCGUAAAAUGCUUCCGUGAGCUAGUACAAUCUGGUGCUCAGGAGGUCCUUGAGAGGGAAUAUGGCCCUUAUAUUGUCUCUCCCGAACCCGGAUACGAUUUCUCUAUAGUUGUUGAUCUCGAAAACCUCCCAUCAGAACCCGAAGCGCGUGUAGAGCUUAUCGACCGCAUCUCGCUCCUGAAACGGAAUGCUAUGGCUGCGCCAUUUGAGCGGGCAUUCAACGAAUAUUCGAAGUUAGAGGGAGAAGCCGUGAAGUACACAACUGAGUCCAUACCCCAGCGAAUUAAAGACGGAGGAGACGUGAUGACAAUUCAUUACCGUGAGGAAGAAGCCAUAUUCAUCAAGGCGUAUCACGACAGUGUGGCUGUGAUCUUUAGCACCGUCUUUAGGGAUGAGACCGAUAGGAUCUUUGGCAAAGUGUUUUUGCAGGAACUUGUUGAUGUCAGAAAGAGGGCUAUCACAAAUGCCCCGCAAGUUCUAUUCCGUCAUGAUCCGCCCUUGGAAUUACAUGGGGUCCCUGGGUUGAAGAACUCCCAAAAUGGCGAAAUCGGUUAUAUUACCUUUAUCCUCUAUCCUCGACAUUUAUUACCUCAAAAACGUGCUGAGACCAUCUCGCAUAUUCAAACUUUCCGAGAUUAUUUCCACUAUCAUAUCAAAGCAUCAAAGGCAUACAUCCAUACUCGUAUGCGGAAGCGCACAGCCGAUUUCCUCCAGGUCCUCAAUCGCGCACGGCCUGAAAAUGAAGAACGGGAAAGGAAGACUGCUAGUGGAAGGACAUUCCGAGUUCAAGGCUAA